AGCAUCUUCUUCUUCUUCUUCUUCUAUUUCUUGCUUCUAACCUUUGUAGAGACAACCAGCCCAAAAUACAUUCAUCAUCAUAUAAAUCAUCGCAAUGGCCAAGCAAAAGAUUGUGGUCAAGGUGUCAAUGAGCAAUGAGAAAAAAACCCGUAAGGCUCUCAAGAUCGCGGUUAGUCUCUCAGGAGUUGAGUCAGCAUCAUUCGUGGGUUCAGAUAAAGACCAGAUAGCAGUGACUGGGGAAGGAAUUGACUCAGUCGAACUGACGACGUUGUUAAGGAAAGGUGUAGGAUACACAGAGCUAUUGAGUGUUGGCCCGGUGGAAGAGAAAAAACCCGAUGCCAAGGAAUCGAAACCUGCGGAGGUGUUGAUGCAAUUUAAUCCCUACCAGUACUAUUAUAAUGGCUAUGACUUGCCUUACUAUGUAUAUUAGAUGUGAGAUUUCAUCAGCUAGAAACAGAGCUCUUUUAUUAAUUAGCUUAAUUAAUUUGUUUCAUCUCCCUUUAAUAAUUUCCUUGUUUUGUAUUUGGAUUUUUUGUUUGCAAAAAACAUAUAUAGCGAGCCUUUAUGUAUAUAUUGUUUCCGUGAUAUAUGAAAUAAAUGAAAGAUUCAUUUUGUGACGAUUUCUAA